AUGGUCCCGAUUGAGGACCUCGUCAACCCCAGGGCGAUAGACUACCACGCCGAACUUGGAUAUAUCUACUUUGCGGAUACGACUAGUUUUCUCAUCGGGAGACAGAAGAUCGAUGGAAGUAACAGAGAGACCAUACUGAAAGACGAGCUGGACAAUGUGGAGGGCAUCUCAGUGGACUGGAUUGGCAGAAAUCUCUAUUGGACCAACGAUGGCUACAGGAAGACCAUCAGUGUUGCCAGGUUGGAAAAGGCUUCCCAGACCAGGAAGACUCUGCUGGAAGGCAACAUGUCUCACCCCAGGGCCAUUGUGGUCGACCCACUCAACAGCUGGAUGUACUGGACGGACUGGGAGGAGGAUGAGGUGAACGACAGCAUUGGGAGGAUAGAGAAGGCCUGGAUGGACGGUUCCAACAGGAGGAUAUUUGUGACCUCCAACAUGCUCUGGCCCAAUGGACUCACACUGGACCACGGCACCAGCACCAUGUACUGGUGCGACGCCUACUACGACCACAUCGAGAAGAUCCACCUCAACGGCUCCGGGAGGAUGGUGGUCUACAACGGCAAAGAGCUGAAUCACCCCUUUGGAAUCUCUCACUAUCGGAAUUUCAUAUUUUGGACGGAGUACAUGAACGCCUCGGUGUUCCAGUUGGAUUUGAACAGCGGCGACGUGACUUUACUCCGGAGCGAGAGACCACCUCUGUUCGGCCUGCGAGUCUACGAUGCUCACAGUCAGCAAGGUGACAAUGCAUGCAGCGUGAAUUAUGGGGGCUGCAGUACUCUGUGUCUGGCCAUCCCUGGAGGCCGAGUGUGCGCAUGUGCUGACAACCAGGUCCUGGAGAAGAACAAUGUCACCUGUGCAGACGACUCCACUGAUGUUGUGGAAGUGCACCGCUGUAAAAGUGAUGAGUUCCAGUGUCUAAAUCAGCGCUGUAUCCGCACCCUGUGGAAGUGCGAUGGCGACGAUGACUGUCUGGAUGGGAGCGACGAGGAGAAUCACAUUUGCUCCAACCACACUUGCCCCACGGAUCAGUUCAAAUGCAGCAACAAUCGGUGCAUUCCCAAAAGAUGGCUUUGCGAUGGGAUGAACGAUUGUGCCAACGGAGAAGAUGAAGCCAAUAGCACAUGCUCAGCCCGGCCCUGUCAAGCCGACCAGUUCUCCUGCCAAAACGGGCGGUGUAUCCCUCUGGCCUGGAGCUGCGACCGCGAGGAUGACUGCGGAGAUACGUCAGACGAGCUGUCGUGCGCUUACCCCACCUGCGACCCCCUCACUCAAUUCAGCUGCUCAAACGGACGCUGCAUCAACAUCCAAUGGCACUGCGACGCCGAGAACGACUGUGGGGAUAACAGCGAUGAAGCCGGAUGUGUCCAGUCCUGCUCCAAUAACCAGUUCCAGUGCAACGGAGGGCGCUGCAUCCCAGACCACUGGGCCUGUGACGGGGACAACGACUGUGGGGACUUCAGUGACGAGGGGGCCGCCUGCAGGGGAGGCUCUGCACUGCUUCCGUCUGUGAUCGAGUGCGCCGAGGAGGAGUUCUUCUGCGUCACCGAUGGGACGUGCAUACCUGAGCGCUGGAGGUGUGACGGGGACAAGGACUGUGAAGACGGAGGAGACGAGAAGGACUGCGAGGGGACCAAGAGGAUGUGCGACCCCAAGGCCAAGUUUACCUGCAAAGACACAGGUAAAUGCAUCACAAAGAGCUGGGUUUGUGACGGAGACAUUGACUGUGAAGACCGCUCUGAUGAGGAGUCCUGCGAGUCCUCCGUCUGCAAACCGCCCAAAUACCACUGCGCCAACGACACCAGCAUCUGUCUGACCCCCGACAAGAUCUGCAACAGCAAAGUGGACUGUCCCGACCGCUCCGACGAGGGGCCCAUCUGUGACCUGUGCCUGGUGGCGCGUGGUGGCUGCAGUCACCAGUGCACUGUGGCCCCUGGGAAGGGUGUGGUGUGUUCGUGUCCUCCUGGGCUUCACCUGGACUCCUCCAACAAGACGUGUGAGCUGGUGGACUACUGCAGCCGACACCUCAAGUGCAGCCAGCUGUGCCAGCAGUACAAGACCACAGUCAAGUGCUCCUGCUACCCAGGCUGGACCCUGGACCCCGACGGAGACACCUGUCACAGCAACGACCCCUUUGAGGCUUUUAUCAUUUUCUCCAUCCGCCACGAGAUAAGACGAAUAGACCUUCACAAGCGCGACUACAGCCUGCUGGUGCCUGGCCUAAGGAACACCAUCGCUCUGGACUUCCACUUAAACCACAGUCUGCUGUACUGGACAGACGUGGUGGAGGAUAAGAUCUACAGGGGACGCCUAUCGGAGACUGGAGGAGUGACCGGGAUUGAGGUGGUGGUGCAGCACGGCUUGGCGACUCCGGAGGGGCUUGCUGUGGACUGGAUCACGGGGAAACUCUACUGGAUUGACAGUAACCUGGACCAGAUCGAAGUGGCUCUGCUGAACGGAGAGAUGCGAACCACUCUCAUCGCUGGGGGCAUGGAGCAUCCACGGGCCAUCGCGCUCGACCCAGGACAAGGGAUUCUGUUCUGGACUGACUGGGACGCCACAUUCCCCCGUAUUGAGGCGGCGUCCAUGAGCGGAGGAGGUCGACACAUUGUUUUUAAAGACAUGGAAAUUGGAGCUUGGCCUAAUGGACUCACUCUGGACCAUCUGGAGAAGAGGAUCGUGUGGACAGAUGCACGGUCUGACGCCAUUUUCUCUGCACUUUACGACGGCACCGGAGUCAUCGAGAUCCUCAGGGGCCAUGAGUACCUCUCUCACCCGUUCGCAGUGUCACUAUUUGGAGGGAAUGUCUACUGGACCGACUGGAGAACCAACACUUUGGCCCGGGCGAACAAGUGGACGGGCCAAAAUGUCACCGUCAUCCAGAAGACGAGUGCUCAGCCAUUUGAUUUGCAGAUUUUUCACCCGAGCAGACAGCCUCAAGGAAACGUGAUUUAA